AUGGCAUCCUCAAGCAGCACGGCAACACCCUUGCUAUACUCGUGCAUCGCCUACCACAACACAAUCCUCACCGAGCACACCACAUCCGCCGCCUCGGCAACCUCUUCACUGGCUUCUCUGAUCCUCCCAAAAAUCGAUCACUCGUCCGCCCAGAAGUUGACCUACACCCAUGGCGCAAACCACAUCCAUUACAUUGCCGACGCCGCUCCAGCUUCUCCCGGUAAUGCGCCUGGCCUCACCUACCUCGUCAUCGCCAAGCAAGACCUAGGACGUCGCAUUCCCUUUGGCUACCUCGUCGAGAUCAAGAAGCGCUUCCUGAGCCAACACCCCAACGCCGACUUUGCUUCCCUUCCUUCCUACGGUGCUGCCAGCUUCAACUCGGAUCUCAAGAAGCUGAUGGUCGAGUACGGAACCACAAAAGCUGGUCAGGAUGAUGCUUUCAAGAACGUCCAAGCCGAGAUCGACAACGUCAGAGAUAUUAUGAGCAAGAACAUUGAGCAGGUUCUGGAAAGAGGCGAGAGAAUUGAUUUGUUGGUUGACAAGACCGAUCGUCUCGGUGGCUCUGCUCACGACUUCCGCGUCCGAAGCAGAGGCCUCAAGAGGAGAAUGUGGUGGAAGAACGUCAAGUUGAUGGCUCUGCUUGUUCUCGUGAUUAUCUUCCUGGUUUACCUGUUGGUCGGCUUUGGAUGCGGCUUGCCUGGUUGGUCUCGAUGCAUCCACAAUUAA